AUGGCUGUCGAAUCGCAACUGUUUCAGCACCUGAAUUUCCUUAUAGUUGUCACAGAAGCUAGGAAACUCGAAGAAGCUAAAAAGACGGCUCAUCUUCUGCGAUCUCAUGCAUGCAAUCGAUGUGAAAUCUACCAAGACUAUGUCGAAGACGACCUCGCAUGGCAAAAUGACCCGAAACAGCUGUUCGUGAAGACAUAUGGUGCUGAAGAGAUGAUAAACUUGAUCAUUAGUGAAAGCUGUGAUUUCCCAUUCUAUCAUAUUGCAGCAUUUGAUUACAUGAUACCAGUCGUAACUCCGGAGUGGGUUAGCACAUGUCUGUCGACCAAUAGACAUCAUAGAACGGCGGUGUUCUCACCUGACAGACGUCAUAUAUUCAAGGACUAUCAAAUAUAUGUUUCCAGACAUUGCUUUAAACAUUCUGAGUACCUUUUCUAUACUGAGAUUGUAAAUGCGAUGGGUGGCACCUGCAUCGACUUUUUAUCCAAUAGAACAACCCAUCUGAUAACCAAGGACUCCGGUGAUCCUGCUGUAGCGGCAGUUGUCGGGUUCGGUAAGGUUGAUUCUAUCAAAUUCGUGUUUCCUACGUGGCUAGUACAGAGUUUUAAAGAACUCGCACCUGCUAGCACUGAAGAACAUGCUCUAGAUCCAAAGGCUCCACUCGAAGUACUUAUGGAGAGAUCCCAGGAUUUAUGGGGUAUUGUCGAUGACUUAAAGUUCAAGAAGAGGUCGUCUAUUUUUGAAGGUCACAAUUUUAUUAUCGGUUUAGAUGUCUCUCUCGGUAAAGAUUUGUAUGCCACCCUAAUAGAAUUGCUUCAAGCAAAUGGCGGUACAGUGAUACGCCAUGUUGACGAGGAAGAUAUCAAAAGAGGAGCGGCGGACUGCUAUAUUGGGAGUUCAGUAAUGUCAAAAGAAUACGAAACUGCGUCAGAAAUCAACUUAGAGUUAGGAAACUUGAUCUGGAUCUUUUUCAUGUGUACAUUAGAAAGAUUUCAAUCUGCUGGUAGUAAGGUUAUCUUUUCUCCUUUCAAGAAGAAAUUGUUUGAGACAAAUGAACUAAUACUCUCCUAUUCAAACUACUACGGCAGACAAAGGUUCUACAUUCAACGUCUAGCAGAGUUGCUUGGUGGUUACAGUACUGCAGAGCUGUCGCGCAAGAACAGUCACUUGGUAUCGCAGUUCUCAUGGGGUAAGAAAUUCGAAACUGGUCUAAGAUGGGAUAACUGUACAGUCGUAAAUCAUCUUUGGUUAGAGGAAACGUACAGGUCUGGUAUAAAAAGGGAUCCGCAAGAGGCUUUAUUUCAGGAGUAUCCAGUGAGAGGUGGUUUAUACGGGGCACUGGGUCAAAUGUCUGCAGAGAAGGUCUUAUCACCAGUUGUUCAAGAAGGCGACGCUGGGAAUCCAGAAGUAGCCACUGAAGGAUUAAUAACAUCGUUCCUCGAUGCAGGACGGCUGGAAAGAGAAAAGGAUACGCCCGCUGUUGAUCUGUCGAUGGACCGCCAGAGAGAAUCAUCUGAGCAAGUUUUCGAGGAAAUCAACGUUCUAAAUCAGGCUCCUACUCCUGACUUAGAACUUGAUAUCCGAGGUGAUACUCCAAUCAUUGAAUUACCAGACGUCUCACUCGACCAUUCAAUUGCUGAACCCGGGAAGGACGCUAGCAUAAAAGAAGUUGUUGGAUCUCCACAUGACCUCAAUCCCAUGGAACAGGCAAAAGAUGAACCAAUAAAUCAACAUGAGUCGAAAGUUUCUGAGGCUCCGGCUCCAGAGCCUUUGCCUCUCAAAGAAGUUACACUUGAGAGCAAUGAAACUAGAGACCAGGAACUUACAACGGAAAAGGUACGACAGCAGAUAUCGAAUGGAGAUGUCGACUCGCAGGUGGAUAAGCCGCAAAUGCAGGUUAAAUCGAUGAAUGCAGCAAAGGGGAGAGAACACAAUGAGAUAAUAGAAGCACACUCGAACAGUGCUGAACCUCUGAGCCUAACACCACAACCAGUCAACAUUAGUCAGGAACAUGAUCACAUAACUCCUGUCACUCAUAAGACUGGCUCGUCAAGAUCUCAAACACCUCUUCUUUCGCUGACGCCAAGCCAGACACUGUCUUCUAGUGGAGGUAAUAGGCGAGCUGCCAAAGCGAAAGCUGCCCAGAAGUUACAUGAUGAUAUUGAGAUGCUGAAUGAGUAUCAAAGAAGCUCCAAACGGAAAAAGACAGGCUCUCUACUACCGCAAGAAAUUGCACAAUUGGAGAGACGUAAACUACUAGAACAGGAAGCUAAGAGGAUCUUGGAGAGCCUUUUCCGCGAGGAGAGCUCAAGUCAGGCAGAUGAAUCUGUUGCGUUUGGCCGCAAGAAGCAACUUUACCACAUAGAAGCAGUUUGUACAGGAUCACAUGAAACUAUCAAAGAUCUAGACAAGGUCUUGUUGGGACUCUUGGGGAUCAAGAUACAUGAGGAUAUAACGACUUUAAAUUUGAAGAAACUCAACACAGUUAUUGCGCCUAAGAUGAUGAGAACUUCUAAGUUUUUGAAAAGCUUCAGCUUUCAUCCGUUAAAAUAUGCGCUGAGACCAGAUUUUCUGACCGAUUUGCUAAGUCUUAUUCACAGUGGGCAAGUGACAACGAGGCAGGACAUGCUGCUGGAUUUAUCAAACUAUACAAUCUCCGAAGUGAACAUGGAACUUCUAUCAGAGAAGACAUCCUUACCAAAGAAAAUAUUCGAGCGAGCUGGGAUACACAAAGUCAAUCUGGUUAGUGACGUUACAGGAGGAGUGGAAGUUAUCUCCUCGAUCCUGAAGGCACACGGAGUUGACGAGGUCAAAGUUGUUUCUGCGACCCAGAUGGCUAAGCUUGACAUUAAUGAUCUAGCGAUUAACGAAUCGCCGGAGCAUGGCAGAAAGGCUGAAAGUACAGAUUGCUUGAUCAUAAUCACUAAAUCAUCACAAGUGAAGCACUUUAAGAGAAUAGUUAAGGGUAAAUGCAAAACAGCUAUGGCAGUGGAGUGGAACUGGUGUAUCUCGAGCAUAUUUGGAUUGGAUGUGGAUUAUACAGACCAACAAAAUGUCAUUUACCGCCAAGACACGAAGCCUGAUAAGCGAGGAUCCAGUAGAUCCAAGUAA